ACUAAGAUAUGUGAUAAACUGAGUAGGGGAUGCCAAGCAGUCUACUUUUUUCAAGAUUUCUUUUGCUGGUUAUCUGCUGGAUUUUACAUUCUUAUCUGUUAUCAAAGAAGGAAUCGAGUAAAGCAUAUGCUGAAGUGAGCUCUACACAGAAUAUUUCACAUCUACUUGAUAGCCUUUUGGAAGGAUAUGAUUACCAUCUAAGACCUGGAGUAGGAGGUCCUGCGACUCAAGUUUUUAUUGAUAUUGAGGUCCGUAGCAUGGGUCCUGUCUCCGAAGUGGAUAUGUCGUAUUCCAUGGAUUGCUAUUUCCGUCAAAGUUGGGUUGACCGACGACUCGCUUACACAAGUAAAAUGCCGACUCUUGCACUCUCAAUAUCAAUGUUAGAGAAAAUAUGGAGACCAGACACAUAUUUCUACAAUGGUAAAAAUUCAUAUUUACAUACAAUUACGACGCCGAAUAAAUUUGUUCGAUUGUAUCGCGAUGGAAGAGUACUAUAUUCUUGCAGACUUACAAUACGAGCAAGCUGUCCUAUGAAACUAGAGAAUUUUCCAAUGGAUGUGCAGAGAUGCCCUCUUCAAAUUGGGAGCUUUGGAUACUCUGAGAAGGACAUCCUGUAUAAGUGGAAUCCAGCUAGAAGUGUGGUCAUUGCACCUGACAUGAAACUGUCCAUGUUUGAUGUCACUGAAACUCCUACUGGGAACCUCACUGAAAGGCAACGAAAAGAGGGCCCUUUUUCUAUGCUGAUGGUAAGUUUCCAUUUGAAACGACAUAUGGGGUACUUUAUAAUAGAAGUAUAUGCUCCGUGUACGAUGCUUGUUGUUUUAUCCUGGGUUGCUUUCUGGAUUAACAGAGAAGCUACAGCUGAUCGAAUAGCUUUGGGUGUAACGACUGUGUUAACAAUGACAUUCUUAGGCUUAGAAUGUCGCAACAACCUCCCGAAGGUUCCGUACUGCACUGCAUUGGACUACUAUGUAGCUAUCAGCUUCGGUUUUAUAUUUGCAACUAUUCUUCAGUUUGCUAUCGUUCAUCAUUUUACAAAAGUUGGUAGCGGAGAAUAUUAUUUUCCUACUUCUUCAUCACAGUUACCUGAAAGCGAAGAUGAUCAAGCCAGUUGUCAGAAAAUAGAUGCUAAUUUCAAUCCUUCAGAAACAUCUAAGAUUUCAAUAUUUUGCACGGAGGAAGCAGCUGAGGCAGUCGAAGAAGGAACAGCUUCACCCUCAUUAUCUCGCCAAGCACAGCAAUCAAAUUUGCCCACUGCGGAUGAUGUGCCCUUAACAGGUGUCUCGCAAAAUGGCUGCGUAUCCCGCACGAGGCGAAGUAUAUCCCUCCAAGAUAGAAGAAAAUCUUACAUGAACCGCCGAGGAUCGAUGCCACACUUCCAGCUGAACAGUGUCAGCAAGGUAGACAAGGCUUCUCGCGUUGUCUUCCCACUUGUAUUUUUGUUCAUCAAUUUAAUUUACUGGUUUACGUAUUUGAAUGAUAGCAGAUAACCCAAAAGAAAGGCGUUCGCUAUAGAAAUUUAGAUUAUGCUGGUAUUUUAGCCACCGGAAAUUUUUCAAGUUAAUAAUUGGGUACUCGGAGACAUGAGAAGGAUGGAAUAUUCUUUACAUUCGGAAGUAACUAAAACGUAUUUAAAGGGAACAUUUCAAGAGAAUAUGCAUUUAUAUCUAAUUUUAAAUUUGAAUAAAUUAGAUAACUAUUUAACUACUAAUGAAGAGUCAGUGGAAGAAAGAUUUUAUUUUUACAAGUUAGAAAAUAGAUGCAAAUCGUACAUAUAGAUAACAUUAAGUGCAUUUAAUAAUAUCUUGAUUUUAUUUUUAGGGCCUUCGAGACUUCUGUUUGCUGUUUUAGUAUUUUUUUAUUGUAGUUGUUUAAAUUGUUUGCUGAUGAAAACAAUAUCAUUUUACCUCUACACUCAUUCUAACAAUACUUCCAAUUCGCCAAUUUUUCCCUUCAAUAAGCUCAGCUCUUUGGGUUAUUUACUGUGUUUUUUAUACCUCUUAAAACAAAAUAAAUUUGAAAAAUAAAAAAGAAUUAAAAAAUUAAGAAAAAAUGAACAUUUUCAGUUACGAGUCAUUUUUCUCAUCUUCCCAAGAGGCAGCAUUUCUUUUGUCUUCAAAUUAAAAUGUUCAUAACUAAAAAAAAGUAUAGUACUGUUUUAAAUGCCUCUUAUUUCUGCCUCAUAAGAAAUGAUUUAAGACAUCUAUUUAUAACAUUAUUUAG